AUGUUCCAUAAGAAUCGGGACAAGAGCAAGUGGUGUGAUUUUCAUGGGGAUCACGCCCAUCUAACUGAAGAUUGCAGACACUUGAAGGAUAACCUAGAAGACUUGAUAAGAAGGGGUUACUUCAGUAAGUAUAAAGCUCAGACCAAAGAGGGCGAUUUGGUGAAGCCGACAAAUCGUAAUGUUCAGUCUCGGAUCAGCGAGAUUCAUGUCAUUAGCGGAGGUCCCAUUCAUGGAGGAAGUAUUAAUGGUGCAAAGGCGACCUUGAAGGAAUUCAGGCAUCAUGUCAAUUUCAAUGCAAGUCUGCCAUGGAAGAAUCCGCCAGCAAUGCCAGCAAUGUCAUUUACAAUUGAGGACGCUAAGCAUGUCGUUUAUCCCCAUGACGACCCACUGGUAGUAACAAUGAAGAUCUCAAAUUGCCUAGUUCACCGAAUUUUAGUGGACGGAGGCAGUUCUGCAAACAUUAUAUACUUGUCAACAUUUGAAAAACUCAUGAUUGGCCGGGAGUAUUUGAAGCUGGUCAGAUAUCCGGUCAUCGGGUUCACGGGGGCAUCAGUGGUGCUAGAAGGAUUGAUCUCCCUCCUACUGCGCAUUGGAGAAAAUGGUACAGCCAGAGAUGUUAUGGCUGAAUUCCUAGUGGUGGAUGUUCCGGGAGCAUAUAAUGCCAUCAUAGGGUGUCCUUUCAUUCAUGACGUCCAGGGUGUCGUCUCCACUUACCAUCUGACGAUGAUGUAUGUUUCCAAUGGCGGAUCAACAUCAAGGUUGAAGGGCAACCAGGAGAUGGCAAGGUCAUGCUAUUUGACAACACUGAAGCAGCCCGCCAGGAGAUUUCCAGUAGAGAACCCUGACCCGCCAUCAAGGAAGCAAAGGAGGGCCUAG